AACAAGAAGAGGAAAACAAUACAUAAUUUUUCUUUACUCAUCAAUUCGAUAACUUACUCUCAUUUUCCCAACAUGAACAACUCUGAGAACGCUAGUUACCAAGCAGGACAGGCUAAGGGCCAAGUUCAGGAGAAAGCUAGCGGGAUGAUGGAGAAGGCCAGCAAUGCUGCUCAAUCUGCUAAGGAAUCCAUCCAAGAGACUGGUGGUCAGAUGCAGGCUAAAGCACAAGGAGCAGCUGAGGCCACCAAGGAUGCCCUUGGGAUGAAGAAAUGAAGAUAGGCAUGCAUUUCAAGACAAUAAUAAAAAUUAAUAUUAGCAAUGGAAUAUAAUUGAUAGCCAAAGAGAAGACAUAAAAUGUAUUCGAAUUAUAUGAAGAGUUUUCAUGUGGUUUGAGCGACCGAUCUAUCAAUAAAUUUUUAAAUUUUACUUUCAAAGUAUAUAUAUUUCUUUUUCAUGAUUUAUAUAUGAAAUGUUAUAAUUCCAUGGAAUUCCCAACCAUAUGAUUUUUUUUGUUUCCUAUUACGAUGGAACUCGGUUAAAAGAAUACCAACAUUUCAUUUUCCCUUUAUCUUCCAAAGAAACCUAUAACCCGCCAAGAGGGUAAUUAACUCGUCAUGGAAAUACCAUCUUAAUUCGCAUUUCUAUAUAAUGAGACUCCAUGAAGAAAUAUCAAAACAAAAUUUGUUAAUCAGAGCAUUAACUUUUUUUACGGAUAUCUCCAUAAGUCCUGCCAUUAUUACGUUCGAUCCAGAUUUCCGACUGAAUCAUUUUAAGGAUGGAGCUCAUAAAACUUGGAGUAUGUAGUACCUCUAGUCUCUCGAUCGAUCAUAUCAUCAGUUGAGAGGGUAGAAUUGUUGCACCUACGUAAAACAUGAGUGGUUAACUCACUGCAAUGAGCAUCUAUAUGGUAAAGGAAACCCUAGGUUGUCGAUAUAUAGUUGCAAACUUGCAAUGUUGUCAUAGAAAGCUUGUCAUUCAAAAUUCUGGUGUUAUUUGAAUUGCAAAGUAGUAUUUAAUAGCACUAAAAUACCUUAAAUUUUAGUCACCUAUGAGAGAAGAAAUUAUCUUGCAAAUUCAACAUUUCAUGUGGCUCGUACAUGUCAUUUUGAUUUUGUAAUCUCCCUUACUAUAUAGCUUGCUAGUUGAAGCAAAUAAUUAUCCUUUUGAACCAUUAGUCUCAUGGAUUUUGAUAACUAGCUGUUAAUUGUACAAUUUCACGCAGAUUUAACUUGGUUUCAGAAAUAAUAACUAAUGAUUGAGAAGUAAAACAAAUAUUUUUGACAUACCUCUAAUCCAUAUGUCACGAUCGGAUUCAAUCGAUAAAAUUUUCUAAUUUAG